AUGCAUAUCCUAAGGAGUGUUGCGUUGUCCCUGUUGGCGGGCACUAGCCUGGCACAUCCAGGAGGCGAUACUGCAAGAUUAUCGGCGAAGCAGCCUCGUGCUGCUGGAUAUUCUCUCAAAGAGCCGCCUUUGACGACACCAUGGACAGAUAAGGUAGGCACUGAUCCAUGGCCUGAGUAUCCACGUCCACAGUUGCAACGAUCCGAGUGGCAGAACUUGAAUGGUAUCUGGCAGUAUCAGAAUGCGUCGGGUCUUACUGCUGUUCAGAAUCCGCCAUUCGGGCAGGAACUUGCGCAGGAAGUUCUUAUUCCGUCAUGUCUUGAGAGUGGUCUUUCUGGUAUCAUGGGUGAAUUCACUUUAUACUCCUGGUUCUCGACAAAUUUCAAGGUCCCAUCAGACUGGAACGGUCAGAACAUUCUCAUCAACUUUGGAGCUGUCGAUUAUGAAGCCACAGUUUUUGUCAAUGGAAAAAAGGCAGGCUUCCAUCGCGGUGGAUACUUCCGUUUCUCGCUUGAUGUCACAAAGCUCUUGAAGUCCGGUCAAGAGAACGAGCUGCUUGUCUUUGUCCACGAUCCCACUGAUGAUGGUGAUAAUGUUAUUCCCAUUGGAAAGCAGACUCUGCACCCAAGUCACAUUUUCUACACCCCGUGCAGUGGAAUCUGGCAAAGUGUCUGGAUUGAGCCUGUGCCUUCGAACCAUGUUUCCCGACUUGACAUCGACGGUAACAUGGAAGGACAAGUCAACAUGACCGUACACACUUCCUCGGUAAACACAACGAGCAGUGUGCGAGUCGCAGUGCAUGAUGGCGAUAAGGUGAUCGCGACUCACCGCGGGCCGACAAAUCAGCCAUUCCAAUUCAAGGUUGACUCUCCCAAGCUUUGGUCUCCUGAUUCGCCCAAUUUGUACAACAUCACUGUUGAAUUGGGCAAAGAUCAGGUCCAGAGCUAUACUGGAUUCCGUACCAUCGAAAAGGGCACAGUCGACGGUGUUGUUCGACCAUUAUUGAAUGGAGAAUUCAUCUUCAUGUUCGGCACCCUUGACCAAGGCUUCUGGCCAGAUGGUAUUUAUACCCCACCUACCAAGGAGGCGAUGGUCUACGAUCUUCAGGUGCUGAAAAAGCUUGGAUUUAACAUGGUCCGCAAGCAUAUCAAAGUCGAGAAUGAGCUUUUCUAUCGUGCUUGUGAUGAGCUGGGUCUCCUUGUUAUUCAGGACAUGCCUGCUCUGCGACCUUUGCAGAGCAAGACCCUGUCUAACUGUACUUCCCAGACUUAUCUUCCAAAUGCCGCACAGCAGAAGGAAUUCACUCGCCAAUUGGAAGUGCUAAUUAAUCAGCAUAAGAGUUUCCCUAGCAUUGCAACCUGGGUUAUCUACAACGAAGGCUGGGGUCAAAUCACCAGUUACUACCCCGAAUUCGCGUUGACCGACCUUGUUCGGCAGUUAGACCCGACCCGAUUGAUUGAUUCAACAACUGGUUGGUACGACCACGGUGCGGGAGAUUUCAGCGACAACCAUCACUAUUCUGACCCGCAAUGUGGUACUCCGUUCUACUCUACCGCCUCAAGCCCCUACGAUGAUACCCGGAUUGGAUUCCAGGGUGAGUUCGGUGGACUUGGCAACAAUGUCUCCAUUGAGCAUCUCUGGAACAAUCAAGCCGCAAUUGACUCGAUCAAUCAGACGUAUGAGCUGGAUCUUACUCUCGAAGCCUGGAACUACCGCAGCCACAUUCUCCUCAACGAAUUGCAGAACCAGGUUCGACUCUUCGCUUGCAGCGGUGGCGUCUGGACACAGACCACCGACGUGGAAGGCGAAGUGAACGGACUUAUCACCUAUGACCGUCGUCUGUCUCGAGUUGACGAGGACCAAUGGAAGAAGGACAUCCAGGGUCUUUAUGAUGCCGCCAAGGCGCGAAGCAACUCGACCAUGUCUACUUGA